AUGGGCUCUUUCAGAGAUUUAUACAAGAACGAUGUUGAUUUUGCUGCAUUGUCCUUGCAAUCCAAGGAGUUUGCCCAAUACUUGAAACCAAAUGGCCAACUGGACUUCAAUGAUUCCGAUGCAGCAAUUGACGAUCAGCCUGCUCAAGCAGGACUUCGGACUCGAUGUGAAGUUGCCAGAGGAUCGACUCUGUCCACCGGUACGUAUAGUGUGCAUGAAAUUCUGAGGAAUUCAGCCAACAAAGAAUAUCUGCAGGUCCCAAACAGACGAACAUGGUCUAAAUGCUCCAGGUUGAAUUACAUACUCUGGUUACACGAUAUUGUCGAAUCGACGUCAAAGACAUCGAAUAUCGGAAAUGACACCGAAGGGAAAGUCAUAGGUCUUGACAUGUAUGUUCGAUACCUGAAUCAGAAGCCGCAACUCGAACUCAGCUUAUCAUCUCAAGUGGGACGGGAUGUUGCAGCAUCUACCCAUUGCUCGGAUGCAAAACCAGACCUUCCUGGAAACAUUGAUGAGAAUAAUACACGAACUGCACAGGAGAAUGUGAAAACGAACCAGCUCGAAUCUCGCAUUCGAGUCAUCAAGACGGACCCCAAGGAUGUCCUUUUUCCAUUGGAUAAGAUCGAGCAAAAGAGGUAUGACUAUCUUAAACCGACUCUAACACCAACGUCUAACAGGAGAAAAGCCUUGAUUUCACAAUGUGCAACCCCCCCAUUCUACACAUCACGCGAAGAAAUGGCCCAAUCAUCAGAAAGUAAAUCACAGCAACCCUCAUCAGUCUGCACAGGCGCCGAUGUGGAAAUGGUCACUAAGGGCGGAGAAGUCGCAUUUGUCACAAAAAUGAUCGAUGAAAGUCUCAAUCUUCGAGAUCGCAUCCAAUGGUACACUUCCAUGCUUGGAAAACUGAGUAGUGUUACCGUUCUUGUCGAAGCGCUCAUCAAACAUGGUAAUCACAACUAUGCUGUGACGGAAUUCGUGCAAGGGAGUAAAACGAAACGUUGGGCUUUGGCCUGGUCUUGGGGAGAUCGUCUGUUGCUAGGGGGGAUUCCUGGAUUCCCUAAACAUCUACUUCCCUUCCCUGCCGAAUACAACUUCACCCUCCCAAGUGAAAUCUCUAUUGACGAUGCGACAACAUCGAUGGACAAAGAGUUAGAGUCGCUUCGUUGGUUCUGGGAAUGGGAUCAAACUCGCAGCGCUGGCGUGGGAUUUGCAGCUGAGAAUGUUUGGUCAAGACAAGCACGUCGAAAGAUGAAACUGGCCGGACAGGGCGGUUCUUCCGCGAAGAUUGAUUCUGUUCCGGAUGAGGUUGCUUUGGGCAUUCGUGUCGAGGCCAAGCUUGUUCGAGGCCAGUUGGAUUCUUCGAAUAAGAAUGAAGUACAGAUUGUUAUACACUGGAUCCAGGGUAUGGAUAGUGUGUUGUUCGAAAGUUUCUGCGGGAUGUUGAAGAGAAAACUGGAAUCGAGCAAGCGGCAAGAAUCUGAGAGAUAG